AUGACUAUUCUUAAGUUUUUGGUUGGUUUGUCCAUGAUAGUUUUGACACUGAUUAUCACCAGCAGCCCCUAUAGUUGCAUUGAGAAUUUUGGUCACGGUUGGGAAUUGGCUCAUGCAACAUUUUAUGGAGACAUGACGGGUGACGAAACCAUGAAGGGGGCUUGUGGCUAUGGAGAUUUGUUCAAACAAGGGUAUGGCCUUGAAACAACAGCAUUAAGCACUACACUCUUCAAUGAAGGAGCCACAUGCGGAGCUUGCUUUCAAAUAAUUUGUGUAAAGUCACCAUGGUGCAGAAAGAAUGCAGGCGCAAUCAGAGUAACAGCUACGAAUUUUUGCCCUCCAAACUACACAAAAACGAAAGAAGCAUGGUGCAAUCCACCUCAAAAACACUUUGACCUUUCCAUGCCAAUGUUCGUUAAAAUAGCUGAAUAUAAGGCCGGGAUUGUCCCGGUUGUUUAUCGUAGAGUGAUGUGCUACAAGAAGGGUGGGAUUAAGUUUGAGCUCAAGGGAAAUCCAUAUUGGUUGCUUUUGUUGAUAUACAAUGUAGGAGGGGUUGGCCAAGUUGUUAAUGUGAAAAUUAAAGGUUCCGAUACUGAAUGGAUACAAAUGACACGUAACUGGGGCCAAAACUGGCAAACUUGGGAACAACUACAGGGCCAGAGCUUAUCAUUCAAAGUAGUUGCUGCUGAUGGCAGGAUGGUGCAAUCUGAUAAUGUUGCACCGCCAAAUUGGCAGCUUAAUCAAGUCUAUGAGGGCAAAAACUUUGGAAAAUUUUAAGAAAUCACUACUAAAGAAGAAAAAGCUUAACUUGCUAGAUAUUUUGGUACG